AGAAGAAAGAUCCGUUGACCGUAGAAAUACACCCCUCCCCUCUCUGCUUCAUUUUUUCUGCACAGUCACACACGCAGACACAACUAUCACAACAAUAACCCCGCCCCUCUCUUUCUCUCUCUCUGUUCACAAUCUUCACCAAAACCUUACCCACCCUUUACUCUCUCUAUUAUUCUUUCAACAAGUUCGUUACUUCGUUUCCACAAUAAAAAAGAAGAAAAAAAAAACUCUACCUCGCCGGGUAUUCUUCAAAUGGCCAAUACUCACCGCUGCCGAUGAAGAUCUCCGGCGACUCCACCCGCCCUCUGCGUCCAUUCCCGCCGGCCAUUGCAGCCCCCUCGCCGGACUCCGAUCUCCAGCCGCUCCGGAGGGCCACCCGCCGCCAUCCCCGAACUCCGUCCACCCGCCUGAGGCGCGCCGGAGGACACACCGGAAAACGGAGCAGGCCCGAAACCCCCUUGUUCAAGUGGAAGAUCCACGACGGCGUCAGGGAGAGGAACGUCGGCGGCGAUCCGCUCGAGGAGGUCGGCCGGAAGAAGGAGGCGCCGCCUCAUGCCUCCGUGUCGGCGAGGAAGCUCGCCGCCGGGAUGUGGCGGAUGCAGCUGCCGGAAGAGGCGGCGGGUGAUAGUGGAAGGCGAAGGGGUUCGAGAAAGAUCGGUGAAGAUCGUUUGGGAGUUCAGCAUGGAAUUGGCCAUGUAGACCACCAAUUUCUCAGCCAUCAUAGUGGCAUGAUGCAUGGUUCUGCUAUGAUGAAUGCAUCACAAAGUCCCCGUUCCAUUUCUGGGACUAAGGAUGGACACUUUUGUGAGCUCAAGCCUUCUUUCCAGUUAUCGAGUACUGCAAUGGAGGGGGCGACAAAGUGGGAUCCUGUUUGUUUAAAAACAUCAGAUGAGGUGCAGCAUAUCUACAGCCAAAUGAAACUUCUUGACCAAAAGGUUAGCACUGUUUCUGCUGUUUCAGCUCUUGAAGCUGAACUAGAGCAGGCUCGUGUGCAGAUUCAGGAGCUUGAGACUGAACGCUUCUCUUCCAAAAAGAAAAUUGAACAUUUCUUGAAGAAAGUUAGUGAGGAAAGGGCCUCAUGGAGAAGCAAAGAGCAUGAGAAAAUUCGCGCUUACGUUGAUGACAUUAAAUCAGAGAUGAGUCGUGAAAGGAAAAGUCUCCAGAGGAUUGGAAUUGUCAAUUCCAGGUUGGUAAAUGAGUUGGCAGAUGUCAAGUUAUUAGCAAAACGCUACAUGCAGGAUUAUGAGAAGGAAAGGAAGGCCAGAGAAUUGAUUGAAGAAAUUUGUGAUGAGCUUGCUAAGGAAAUUGGAGAAGACAAGGCUGAAAUUGAAGCACUGAAGAGGGAAUCUAUGAAACUUAGGGAAGAAGUGGAAGAGGAGAGGAGGAUGUUACAGAUGGCUGAAGUAUGGCGUGAAGAACGUGUUCAUAUGAAAUUGAUUGAUGCAAAAGUUGCUCUUGAUGAGAAGUACUCACAGAUGAAUAAACUUGUAGCGGAUUUGGAAACCUUUCUCAAAUCAAUAAAUGUGAACCCAAAUGCAAAGGAGAUGAAAGAAGCACGGUCACUUCAACAGGCUGCAGCUGCUGUAGACAUUCAAGACAUCAAGGGAUUUUCGUACGAGCCAGCUAAUCCAGAUGAUAUUUUUGCCAUUUUUGAAGAUUUAAAUUUUGGCGAAUCCAACGAGAGGGAGAUUGAACCAUGUGUUGCUCACUCUCCAGUGAGUCAUGCCUCAAAGAUUCACACAGUGAGUCCUGAAGCCAAAUUGAUUAGUAAGGAUAACUUUCAAAGAUGUUCUGAUGUAUUUAUGGAUGACAAUGGGGAUAUAGAAGAAGAUGAAAGUGGAUGGGAAACUGUGAGCCAUGUUGAGGAUCAAGGAUCAAGUUGUUCGCCUGAAGGGAGUGCCCUAUUGGUGAACAAGAAUCGUCGAGAGAGUGAUGCUUCAGGGAGGAGUGUGCUUGAAUGGGAAGAAAAUGCAGGUUUAGAGACCCCAAUAACUGAAAUUAGUGAAGUCUGUUCAGUACCAGCUAAGCAAUCAAAGAAGGUAUCCUCCAUGGCAAGGCUUUGGAGGUCUGGCCCAAACAGCGGGGAUAAUUACAAGAUAAUAUCUGUGGAGGGGAUGAAUGGUAGGCUUUCAAAUGGAAGGGUAUCUAGUGGGGGCAUAAUGUCUCCUGAUUGGGAACUUGGUAACGGUGGACUAAGCCCCCAAGACCAUCUGUACCAGUUGAGUUCGCCUGAGUCAGCAAAUCUGCAUAAUCGAGGCAUGAAAGGGUGCAUUCCUCGCACCGUGCAGAAGAGUAGUCUGAAAGCCAGACUUUUGGAGGCUAGGAUGGAAAGCCAGAAGGUUCAGUUGCGCCACGUUCUUAAACAGAAGAUUUAGAUGUGAUGUGAGCAUAGACAGAGAUUCCUCACCUGUAUAACUGAAGAAUGACCCUUCAGCAGAUUUGUUUUGAAUUGUGAAAGUAUAAAUCUACUGCUGCUAGAAAAACUGCUCAGAAAUGAUGGGGGUCAUGAAUAAAUGCACCUUUCCUGCCUCAGACUUUGGCCAUGUUGCAGUUCUUCAACAUCACUCAUAUUUAAAGCAUUGAGAAGAUAAUCUUUCACCCCCUUGUGCCAAUGCCUCACUUGUAUUUAUGACGACCGGCCUUGCUUCAUUUUGUGUAGUAUCCUAUAAAAGUUAUGAGAAGCAUGUUGCUUGUAUUGUAUCAUUUAAGUCUGAGGACAAAUAUGCAGGGAAACCAAAUCAUCAUAAGUUAUAGAUUUAUCUUUUCAGCAUUUUGAUUUUCUAUCUUAGUAGAUGCGGCUUAGAAUUUGUCAUAUAGAUUGUAGACCACGAGGAUGAUUUCUGGUCCCAGGACUGAAAAUUCAUAACAGUGAUAAAACUUAAUACUUAAAGGUUGGGAUGGACCACUUCCUCUCUGUCUGACAGUUUCAUUGGAAUAAUGAGUACCAUAUAACUAUUUAGUGGAAAUAAUGAAAAUGAGUUUUUUGC